AUGCCCAACUUCGCCGGCACCUGGAAGAUGCGCAGCAGCGAGAAUUUCGACGAGCUUCUCAAGGCUCUGGGUGUGAACGCCAUGCUGAGGAAGGUGGCAGUGGCCGCAGCGUCCAAACCCCACGUGGAGAUCCGCCAGGACGGGGAUCAGUUCUACAUCAAGACAUCGACCACCGUGCGCACCACCGAGAUCAACUUCAAGGUGGGGGAAGGUUUCGAGGAGGAGACGGUGGACGGGCGCAAGUGCAAGAGUCUACCCACUUGGGAGAAUGAGAACAAGAUCCAUUGCACACAGACUCUUCUUGAGGGGGACGGCCCCAAAACCUACUGGACCCGCGAACUGGCCAACGACGAGCUCAUCCUGACAUUUGGCGCCGAUGAUGUGGUCUGCACAAGAAUUUAUGUGCGGGAGUGAAGGUGGAGCGGAUGCGGCUUUCCC